AUGGCUAAGCUAGGUGUUGAUGGGGGGAUAUUUGAGUCCAUUGAAAGCGGCCCGUCAGGUGCUGAGGAACUAGCCUUUAAAUUUGCUUUAAACACAAUCAACAGGAACAGAACCCUACUGCCAAACACCACGCUCACCUACGACAUCCAAAGGAUAAACAUCUACGACAGCUUUGAAGCCUCUAGGAAAGCCUGUGACCAGCUUUCUCUGGGGGUGGCGGCCAUCUUCGGUCCCUCUCACAGUUCCUCGGCCAAUGCGGUCCAGUCCAUUUGCAACGCCCUGGGGGUGCCGCACAUCCAGACCAAGUGGAAGCACCAAGUAUCGGACAACAGAGACAUCUUCUACGUUAGCCUCUACCCAGACUUCUCUUCCCUCAGCCGGGCCAUCCUGGACCUGGUCCACUUCUUCAAGUGGAAGACGGUCACUGUGGUUUAUGAUGACAGCACAGGUCUGAUUCGCUUGCAAGAACUCAUAAAGGCACCAUCCCGGUACAACAUCCGGUUAAAGAUCCGACAGCUGCCUGCAGAGACAAAGGAUGCUAAGCCGCUGUUAAAAGAGAUGAAGCGGGGGAAGGAGUUCCACAUCAUCUUUGACUGUGGCCACGAAAUGGCUGCUGGGAUCCUGAAGCAGGCUCUCGCCAUGGGGAUGAUGACAGAGUAUUAUCACUAUAUCUUCACCACACUGGAUCUGUUUGCGCUGGACGUGGAGCCCUACCGUUACAGUGGUGUGAACAUGACGGGCUUCAGGAUCCUCAACACUGAGAACAGCCAGGUGGCUUCCAUCAUCGAGAAAUGGUCCAUGGAGCGACUGCAGGCUCCACCCAAACCUGACUCUGGUCUACUGGACGGCUUCAUGACCACGGACGCCGCGCUGAUGUACGAUGCCGUGCACGUGGUGGCCGUGGCUGUGCAGCAGUCUCAGCAGAUCACUGUCAGCUCAUUACAGUGCAAUCGGCACAAGCCCUGGCGCUUCGGGAACCGCUUCAUGGCCCUCAUCAAAGAGGCCCACUGGGACGGCCUGACCGGUAGAAUCACUUUCAACCGGACCAAUGGCUUGAGGACGGACUUUGAUCUCGAUGUCAUCAGUCUGAAGGAGGAGGGCCUUGAGAAGAUUGGUACCUGGGACCCUCCAAGUGGCCUGAACAUGACGGACAACCAGAAAGGGAAGACGUCUAAUGUGUCUGAUUCCUUAUCCAAUCGGUCUCUGAUCGUCUCCACCAUACUGGAAGAGCCAUAUGUGAUGUUCAAGAAGUCUGACAAGCCGCUGUAUGGGAACGACCGCUUUGAGGGCUACUGCAUAGACCUGCUGAGAGAGCUGGCCAACAUCCUGGGCUUCACUUACGAGGUUCGCCUGGUGGAAGAUGGGAGAUACGGUGCCCAGGAUGAGAACACGGGCCAGUGGAAUGGCAUGGUCAAGGAGCUAAUGGACCACAGAGCUGAUCUGGCAGUGGCUCCCCUCGCCAUCACAUACGUGCGCGAGAAGGUUAUCGACUUCUCCAAGCCCUUCAUGACGCUGGGUAUAAGUAUACUGUACCGCAAGCCCAACGGGACCAACCCUGGGGUCUUCUCCUUCCUCAACCCCCUCUCGCCUGAUAUCUGGAUGUAUAUUCUGCUGGCUUACUUGGGUGUCAGUUGUGUGCUGUUUGUCAUAGCCAGGUUUAGUCCCUACGAGUGGUAUAACCCCCACCCUUGCAACCCAGACUCGGAUGUAGUGGAAAACAAUUUCACCCUGCUAAAUAGUUUCUGGUUUGGAGUUGGAGCUCUCAUGCAGCAAGGAUCUGAGCUCAUGCCGAAAGCCCUCUCCACCAGAAUUGUAGGAGGAAUCUGGUGGUUUUUCACGCUUAUCAUCAUCUCCUCCUACACGGCAAACCUGGCGGCCUUCCUCACCGUGGAGAGGAUGGAGUCGCCCAUUGACUCUGCUGACGACCUGGCCAAGCAGACGAAGAUAGAAUACGGGGUGAUAGAGGAUGGAUCCACCAUGACGUUCUUCAAGAAAACCAAGAUCUCCACGUAUGAUAAGAUGUGGGAGUUCAUGAGCAGUCGGAAGCACUCGGUGAUGGUAAAGAACAUUGAAGAAGGCAUUCACCGUGUGCUCACCUCGGACUACGCAUUCCUCAUGGAGUCCACCACCAUCGAGUUUGUCACCCAGCGCAACUGCAACCUCACCCAGAUUGGAGGCCUCAUUGACUCUAAAGCCUACGGGGUUGGCACGCCAAUGGGCUCUCCAUACCGAGAUAAGAUCACUAUUGCCAUACUGCAGCUUCAGGAGGAAGGGAAGCUGCACAUGAUGAAGGAGAAGUGGUGGAGAGGAAAUGGCUGUCCCGAGGAGGAAAGUAAGGAGGCCAGCGCCCUCGGGGUGCAGAACAUCGGAGGGAUUUUCAUUGUCCUGGCCGCUGGACUUGUCCUCUCCAUAUUCGUAGCUGUGGGAGAGUUCCUCUACAAGUCCAAACAGAAUGCACAACUUGAAAAGAGGUCCUUUUGCAGUGCCAUGGUGGACGAGCUGCGGGUUUCACUCAAGUGCCAGCGCCGGCUCAAACACAAGCCCCAGCCGCCCGUCAUGGUGAAAACGGAGGAGGUCAUCAACAUGCACACCUUCAACGACCGCAGACUGCCAGGGAAAGAGACCAUGGCCUAA